AUGCAUUUUACUGCAUCUGCCACCUGGUACAGCUGGCGGCUGAUCACUCCCCGCCACGACACCACCAUCUUCGCCUACCCCACGAUCACCCACCAACCAGCACAGCCAAUACCAACGCUGCUCCAUCCAUCACUACAACAAAAGGCCCUUCAGAUGUCUCAAUCAAAUUAUGACGUAUUUAGAGACUGCCUUGCUUCCACAUUUGCUCAGCACAGGGAAGCCGCCAUUGGACAUGAAAAACAGCCUCGGCGGCGGGCCAAAAGGACCAAGCUUCACAGCAAAACUACACAGCCAGAAAGCGGUGAUGCAGUAACUGCACAAGCCAAUGACGAGGAAUUGGCCGAAUUCAUCGACUACGUUGCAUCAGAACUAUUCAAUGCCCUGCCAGACGACCUACAGCAGCUGGAAUACCGCACUUGGCGAGACUCUCCUCAUUUACAAGAACAAUUCUCACUACCGUUGACAGACGAAAGUAUAGACUACCUCAAUCUGCCAACGUCUAUAUCAGAUACCCUCAGUACAUAUGGCCUCAUAGCACCUGACCCCACACUUCCUUCACUGGUGCCCUCAUCUGUAACCGUUUUUCUCUUACCAGCAUUUGCCGCCUACUUGGAAUAUGUUACAAGACCUCCUCCAGCAUCAGUCGCUACUCGAACAGAUGCAUGUGAAAUCUGUGAACGGUCUUGGGUCCCAUUGACAUAUCACCACUUGAUUCCUCGUUUUGUCCAUGACAAGGCCGUCAAAAGAGGGUGGCACAAGCCAGAAGACUUGGGCAAUGUUGCCUGGUUGUGCAGCCCGUGUCACUCAUUCGUCCAUCGGUUUGCGACUCAUGAGGAUCUUGCUCGAUAUUACCAUACUGUGGAGUUACUAUUGGAGCAAGACGAAGUACAGAAAUGGGUCUCUUGGGCCGGAAGGUUACGCUGGAAGGCUGGCAAGAAUGCAAACAGAACAAAGGAAGUACAGUACAGUUAG